UUAAGAGCCUCUGAUGACCUCACAGCUUUACAGGCUUUGUUUGUCCGGAGCUGCUGCUGCUGUUUAGCUUCAGACGGACCUAAGAGAAAACAACACACCGAACUUUGUCGCCUUCCUUCGGACACACCAGCUGCAGACAUGCCGUCAGACAGACCCUUCAAACAGCGGAGGACCUUCGCUGAUCGGUGCAAAGAGGUGCAGCAGAUCCGGGAGCAGCAUCCCAACAAGAUUCCUGUGAUCAUCGAGCGGUAUAAGGGAGAGAAACAGCUCCCAGUUCUGGACAAGACCAAGUUCCUGGUUCCUGAUCACGUCAACAUGAGCGAGCUGGUGAAGAUCAUCAGGCGUCGGCUGCAGCUUAACCCCACCCAGGCCUUCUUCCUGCUGGUCAACCAGCAUAGCAUGGUGUCCGUGUCCACUUCCAUCUCUGAGAUCUACGAGCAGGAGAGGGACGAGGACGGCUUCCUCUACAUGGUGUACGCCUCGCAGGAGACCUUCGGCUGCUAGAUGGGAGGAGGAAGAGGAGGAUGAUGAUGGGUUGACGGAGGGAGAGGUCUAACUGGGAACCACCAUGACCCUCUCCACCUUCAGACUCUUUCGUUUAUUCAGUUCACACACAAGCUGCAGACGCCAGCAGAGGGCGCUCUGCUUUUAUUUUCCCCAAACAGUUCUCUUAUUUUGAAGGAACACAAACUGACCAAUCACAUUAGAGUUUAGAAAAUGUAAAGAUUGAUCUGUAGGUUCUCGUAUCAAACACUAAGCAUGCAUCAGGUGCGUCGGCUCAUUUCAACCGUUUCAGUUUGUCUUCCUGAGUUUUUUUAUUUUUAGUUUAGUUUUAAAGUCAUGAUGAAGCUCAACCAUUAACCCCGAGACCCUCGUCAGCAGCGAUGUGCAAUAUGUCCCCGUGCAUGCUUCACACAGCUGGAAGCCGAACACCGCAGCUCGCCACGCCGCCUUCUAAAGCCGUAAAUCGGAGCCUCGUGCUGCUUUCAGGGCCAGUCGGGGUGGUUGUAGAUCUUAGUGAUAUAACCGAUUAAAAACGACGAUGUUCAGAGCAGUUUACAGCUUCAGGGCGCCAGAGUCUGACAGAAUGCUUCAGGAGAAACCUAUCAGGUCCAGAGAGGUCAGGAUGCAAUAAAGUUUGAGGGUGGCGCCUCCUUCUGGUCCGUAGAAACACUACAAAUUAGAGUUGAACAUUAAACAAAAAAUAUAUUUAAUGUAGGAACUGAAUGAGCAUUUUGCACAUGAAUCAAACGGUAAAAGGAGUCUUUUUAUCCCUUUUUUCUUUUAGUAAAGACUGUAUGUAUGUAAUGAUCUUCCUCUUUUUGUACCUGCUCCCUGUCUGCCUUCUUUAACAGGAAUUUAUAGAAACGUUUGUUCUGCACUACAAACCCUGCAUGUUUUCACUUUUUUAUAGAAAUGUAAACUGAUUUUAUGCCAUAAUUAUUGUUUCCUCUUAACUUAGAAAAACGUGUUUUUAGAUUUUGUUGUCGUUUUCCCCCAAACCAAAAACAUUAACCCAGAUGUUUGUGUGGAACUGUGUGCGUCAUAUAAUCAAGCUGUAUCACUGUGUUUUUCUUUAGAUUUCCACAAGGUGGCGCUGUUUUCACUCUGUGUACAUAGAUGCAUUCUUGCGAUCUGACUCUGAGCGUUUGCCAGUAAUUAAAUGAAUAAAAAGGCUUUAAAUGUU